ACCCCUCUGCUCCAAAACCCUAAUUCUAUCGAUUUCCCUCGCUUCUGGUCUAGGUUUUCUCUCUCUCUCCAGAGAAUUCGAGUGUGCUUCUAGCUAGGGUUUGCUCGUUAUGGAGGGUCUGUGCUCCUGUCCGGUCGUAUUCGACACCUUCCUCAGCUCAGCCGUGGAGGCUCUCCUCUCCGAGGCCGUGUUUAUGGCCGUGAAGAAUCUUGCUUGCUCGCUUCUGGUGAUGAAAUAUCUGCCCAGCGGAGUUGUCUCCCCAAAAGAGGAGGAUGUGUAUGGAAGUUUUCCGAUUGCACAGCUUCACGCUGUGAAGAAACCUGGUCCACAGAAUGAGGAUGGGAGCGAGACUGAGGAUGAUGAGGAUGAGGAGGAAGAAGCUGAUGAUGGGGAUGAUGAUGCUGGUGAAGAAGAGGAUGGGUCGGGCGAAGAUGGAGAGGACGAAGGAGACCCCGAGGAUGAGCCCGAGGCCAACGGUGAGGGAGGCAGUGGGGACGAGGAUGAGGAGGAGGAUGACGAUGACGACGACGACGAUGAUGAUGGGGAGGAAGAGGAGGAGGAAGAGGAUGACGAGGAAGAUGAGGAGGAAGAAGAGUUGCCUCAGCCCCCUGCCAAGAAGAGGAAGUGAGCGAUUUAGAGAGGGAUCUAGCGACUCGUAUUUAAUGUAUCCUGAGGUUUCUUGUGUUUUCGAUGUGGGCUUUAGUUUCUUUUGGGGGUUGAUAGGGAGGGUGUUUGGGUAAGUAGGAGCCUAGUAGAAGAGUUGGGAGUAGUCUGAGAGUUGUGGGGGGAUUGUAUGUCUGUCUCUGUUCGCAUUAGAAAAACUUCGCCCAGUAUUUUGUCAAUGGAACAUGUUUGAUAACUUUUGAUUCCUCCGCCCUAAUAUUGAUCAUCAUUUUAUCA